AACAGAACACCACAACAAUGUAUGAAACAAUUAGCCAGUGCUUGCUGGUGGUUUAUUCUGGUGGGAGAAACUGAACAAUGUGGUUCCUUCUGCUGCUGGGUUUCACUAGUGGGAUACUUGCCUUUCAGCCCAAUGAAGAAUACAGCUACAGCUAUGAUGUGCAGAUAGUGACUGGCCUGCCCUCAGAGUCAAACAUUUACUCUGGUUUUCGCAUGCAUGCUGAGGCCCGUGUCCAGUUUACAACAUACAGUCAAGUUCAUGUCCAGCUGGGAAAUGUUGUCUUAUACAACAUACACCAGCCAGUUACACAGUAUAAGGCUGAAGAGUAUAUUUUUCCAGAGGAAUUUCUCAUGGAAAUGAUAGGACAAGAUACUAAAGCAAUAAUUGAAACUCUGGAACUUCCUUUUGGUUUUGAGUAUGUUGAAGGCAUGGUAGCAGCAAUCACAUUCAACAACAAAGAGACUGAGUGGUCUGCCAAUACUAAACGUGGCUUUAUUUCUCUGUUUGAACUUAACCUUAACAAAAGAAACUUAGUUGAAGAUGUUCUACAACAUCCCAGCAGGAAUGGUGAAUCUUCUGUCAAUUCUUACAAAGUUUUGGAGCGUUCACCAGUUGGUGACUGCCUGACCCUGUACACCACAGUACAACCCCCAGACAAGCAGUCCAAGUUUUUCAUCUCCAAAGUGCGAGACUAUGAUAACUGCCUGGACAAAUCCAGCUAUUUUAAAACCAUGUUUCAUGGUUAUUUCCCAACCAGCCUUAGCAAGGACAAUCCAUUGAGUUCUGCAGCUAAUCUGAAAUAUAAUGUCAAGGGAGAUAAUACCACGUUUAGAAUCCAGUCUGCUGUUGCUGAAACCAAGAUUUCAUUCUCCCCUUAUUGGGACAAAGGAUCUGUAAUCACAACUUUAAACCAGACAUUGUUUCUUCUGGACAUCAAGAAAAUGUCCAAAUCAACCCAUAUACCUGUGGCUGACCCCAAUGAAUCCAUUAAAAGCAGUUUGCACAUGACUCUUCCAUACCAGGCUGUUGAUUCUCAGGUUCCAUUUCAAACCUCACAGGAAGACCCCAUGAAGAAGGACAAGCUAUUUAAUGUUUACACUGUUGAUAUGAUUCAGACACACUUGAAGUAUGCAGCUGAGAACACUGCUGACAUUGCUUCAAGUGACUCACUGGUGCAUCUUGGGAUUGUGGUAGAAAUGCUGAGCUCCAGCCCCAUGUCUGUUAUCAGGGAACUCUGGGAUAAAAUAUACCUGCCCAUCAGGAAGUCUCAAAAUAAACUUGAUCUGGCAGCAGACAUUUUCUUCAAUGUUCUUCCUUUUGUGGGGACUGAGCCAGCAGCAAGCCUUAUUCUAGAUGUGUGCUCUACUGACCACUUCAUGAUGGACAAAUGUGCAACAGCUUUCAAUGUACUCACCCUCAUGGCAACACCAACACCAGAACUCAUUCAUAAAUUCAUAAGUUUGGCUGAAAAUAAUAGAGCAGAGUGGUCCACUGAUAUGAAGCAGGCUGUUUACCUGUCUCUUGGCUCCUUGGGCUUCAAGCUGACUUUAGCUAAGAGAGAUCAGCUGCUAGAGCUAGCCAAAGCUAAGUCAAUGUUGACUAGUCUGAAGGUGAAUGGCGAUAAAUUUACCAAGCAGUUUGUGGAGAAUAAGAUGCACAUGAUCAACAGCAAGCAGGAAAUUGUUAUCAAAAGACACGAGGAGCUGGCUCAAGCCAUAGUUAAAGCUGUCAGCAAGCUCAUGGAGAAUGAGACUUUGAAUGAUAAAAUUCUAUGCCUAAAAGCUCUCUCUAACUCUGGACUGCCCCAGUCUGUGCCAGUGCUGAAGAAGGUGUUGCUCAACACCACAGAACACCUGUACCUCAGGGUGUUGUCAAUUCUGGGACACCAGAGGUUGUACUUUGAUGUGGCAGCUAAGAAAGAUGCACAGGAAAGAAUGCUGAGUGUUUUCUAUGAUUUAAAUGAAACACAUGAACUUCGGAACAUUGCCUUCCUUGUUCUAAUGCACCUUGAGCCCGAGAAGAUUAUACUAGAAAAUAUUGCCCUUCACCUUCACAGUGAGCUGGACAUGCAUGUGUCCAACCUAGUCCAGACCUACCUGGGCAGUUUUGGGAACUCUACUUUUUACCCUCUAUCGUCACUUGCUAAAAAUUGUUCUGACGCCCUCAAAUUGGCACCACAUCCCCAUGUUGAUCUUGAGCACUCCUACUUCCAGAUGAUGAGCAGCUUGCACAAAGGUUUCAAAAUGGGGGAAGUUCUCAAGAUUUCCUCUAUAGGAACAAUGAACAGAUAUGAAAGCUUGAUUUUAAAUCUAGACACUUAUGUCUAUGGUCUUUACAGUGAGUUUCUAGAGAUUGGCAUUAAGACAAUAGAUGCUGGCCAUGUUUUGAGCAUCCUGUUAGGCCCACAUGGCAUAAUUAAGCAAAGUGGUGCAAGUAAAAAAAGUGAUAGAAAGUCUGGCCCACAGGAAAUGAUUGAAGAAAUUUACAAAAUAUUGAAGAUCAAGCCAAAAAAAUCUCAGGGUCCGCCUCUUGCUCAAGUUUAUCUGAAGUUAAUGGGACAUGAGUUACGAUACUUUGAUUUAAGAAAAUACAUCUUCUCUCUCAUUGCUGACAGUACAACAAGAUGGAACCCUACAGAAGCCAAGCUUUCAGCAGAACUUCCCCUGGAGAUCAAGACUAUGCUCUACCUCAUGAAUACCAAGCUGACUCUGCCUACUGAGGCUGGGCUGCCUGUAUCCUUGAAGCUCAAGGUCUCCCUAACUCUCAAUGCCCAAGGGUCCAUAACUCUCAAUGUGACAGCACCCACUCAGGAGAAAGACAGAGGAAAACUAUCAUCUCUUGACUUGGAUCUCAGUGUUGAUGCUAAACCAAAGCUGACCAUGGCAAUGUGUGGCUCCAUGGGACUGGAUGCUCAUUUUAUUCAAAGAACAAUGUCUUUCAAUGGCCUGUUUAAGUUCACAAUGCCCAUCCACCAAAAUAUGUCGUAUGAUAUGAUGAAUAACAAAUUCAAAUUAGUUGGUCAUAUACCCAACCCUGAUGGUCCCCUGGUUGAAGUUACCUUAGAGCCCUCUGCAGAGUCCAUGACCCUGAUGCCUAACACCAGUGCCUCCGCACUACACCUGGACAGAACACCCCUCAGUAUGGGCCAGGUUGUUCCAAUUAAUAGAUUUUGUGAGUUCAAGUCUGUGGGCUACAAGUUAGGCCUUAUGGGUCAUGUCCCAUCUACCACCCCAUGGGUUGAUCCAAUCAGACUUCUGUAUGGCAGCACCCAGUUGAGUCUGUGGAGUCUACCAUCACAUGACACACCUGCAACAGUGACACUGAUUGGUCAGAUUGUUUCCUCAGACUUUAACCUUACCAGCCAGACUGAGGAUGGGAUAUUAGAAAAGUUGGAUGAUGCCGAAACAAACAGUGAUCCCAUCGAUCUAAAGAAAACCUCAGUUAAUAUGAACCAGCUGGCCUCUAAAUUUGCAAACAUUUUUGGAAAACCUUUCCUUUCACAAAGACAGAGCACAGGAAUAGUUUUAUGUCUGGACAUGAGCACAGGGGUGACACCCAGGAAGUUACAACUGGAAGUUAUUUUUAGCUCUUUUAUUCAGAGCCAUAUGAAAACAAUGUACUUCAGAAUGUGGGAAUCAUCCAAAGAUGAGGCCUCUCCCCAACUUUGGCAGAUGGUUGGUGAGUUUAGAGUUACCUACCCUUUUAAAGUACAUGAGCCACAAGACAUUUUCUCAGGCAGCUGGCAACAACAAGUUAUGAAUGAAUUACAGUAUCAUGUGACCACCCAUUCACACCAGGCAGCCAAUGAAAUACUCAGUUCCGCUUCAUUGAGUCAGAUGGCCAAGUUGAAUUAUCCAGCAAUGAUCAAGGCACCCACACAGAGAGUCCUCAACAACCUAAUCCCUGAGCAGCUUUACAAAAUGAUCAAGACUUCAGCCUUCACCAGAAACCAUCUAAAGGCAUCAGUCAUUUCUAGAAACUGGCAGCUCUACUGGGUCAAGCUGUUACCACUGCAGCACAAAGUAUCUGAGGAGAAGAAUCGUAAAGUUGACCAGCUACUUCUCACCCGUGAUGCCCGUGUGCUGUGCUACCUGGAAGGAAUGACAGGUGUGCAGGAGAUGCUGACCAAAGACCUGGAAGAGGUUCUUGUAACAGGUGUGGUGGACACCUGUGAGCUGCCCAUAGUCCAGUGGCUUGUUUACAAUCAUGUUCUGGUGGCUCAUGAUUUGGAUGAGAUUGUUCACAGAUACAUCAUGAAUCGUGUUAUGACAGACGACCCCAAAGUUGUUGAGUUGAUGAAAGUCAUUAAUAAAAACAUGGGAGCUCUUCUUACAAAAAUGAAAGAAGUUAUUUUCUCAAAGAAACUGGCCAUGCCCUCACAUAGCAACAUGACUAGAAGCAACAUAGGGAUGGAGCAGGACUUCUUUCAUCCUCUUCAUUACAAGAUCCCAACUGAUUAUAAGAGGUAUCAGUUUGAGAAAUUAUUCCAUUCCAACCUUGAGUUAGGACAAACUGUCAGCAGAUCUAACCAAGCAGCCACCACAAACAAAAACUUUGAUGAGGAUAUGCUACAUACAUCUCUCAACAAUCUCACUCUUUCACAAAUGGAGGCCAUUAACAGGGUUCACCAGUGUUUAAGUAAAAAGGACACUUUGGAGCCUGGCCUUGUACAACAGGUCAUCACUGAUACCAUCAGAAGUCUGGAUAUGUUUGACAGGUUGUGGAAGACAAGGCUGAUUGAUGACAAGGAGAUUAUUGAUCAAAUGCUGUUGGUGACAGUACAAAAUGAAUUCCUAAGUCACAUGUUAAAAAGGUACCAUAGCAUGGAAAUAGAGCCUGCUGUAAAAAACAGAGAUGCUGAAUUGCAGAAUAUCUCAGACAGUUUAAGCAUCAAGAUAAACAGUAACUUUUUAGGUCAGCGAGUGGCUAGCAUGUACAGAGAGAAACAGAUGAAAGAUGGUGUCAUGCCAAAACUUGAAGAGCCAGAGAGACUCAUUUACCAAGAAGUUAGAAAUAUCUGCCAUAGUUUUGCAGUUGACAGACGUGAAUUUGAGACCAGACUUUCUUUUCAUAGUUCUGCAGUUAAAGGAAAAUGGGAAAUUGCAGAUCUACUAGCAAACCUGGAGACAUAUUUUAAAAAGCUAACUGAGCUUGAGGAAACAAUGUCUAACAUGGGGAGAGCACCAACACUGUAUCUUGUUAUGGAAAUGCUAGAGGCCAUUCAAGGACUGGAGCAAUUCAUGGAGCUAGGGCAUCUAGCAGUCCUGCCUCACAGUUUCAAUGAAAGUUACCCCUGGAUUCAAACUCUCAAUAAGCUUAAAAGAAAUCUCCAACAAGUGAAAUCAAGAAUGUCUAUAAUUUUUGACAAGUAUGUGAAAGAAGAUCAAACAAGGAAUCUCCCUCCAUUAAACUCUGUUGCAGCGGAUUUGAAAUUGUGGGAACUGCACCAUAUCAUCCACAAUCAAAAUGUUCUGCACAAAGAAUUGCUAAGGUACUUGCAAGCCAGGAAUUGGUCUCCCAGUUUGUGGCAUACAUUGAUACAGAGAGCUAUAGACAAGGCCCAAGUUCUGCAAACAUCUAUGAUACAUCUCCACCCUGACAUUAUGGCUGAACUAACAGAGGACUAUAGCAAAGUUACUGUAGUCAUGGUGUUUAGCCAGGCAAUAAAAGACCAGAGAAAAUUAUGUGAAAUUGUUCUUCAAGCAUGUCAAGAUAUGCAGGACAGACCAGAUAAACAAGAAGGAUUGUUGGAGCAAACAGCCAUUUUACUGGAGACACUUGAUAAGGUUGAACAUUCACUGGAACAGAGAUUACACUUGGGUGUAUUGUCUGAGACUAAGAUAGAGGAAUCUGAAGUUGGUGUGGAUGACUCAUACAGUGGUGAAAUGCUGGAUGAAAAACUCAGUUAUCCACCUGUCCAAACCAUAUCCCAGCAAGAUACCUCCACACAUUUGUUGCCAGUUGGCAUAAAUGGUUUACUAAACAUUAGCUGGGGACAACCUGACAACAUGAAGAAUAAUUUCCACAUACAGCUUUUGGCAACCAGAAGUGUUGAGCAGCUAACCUACCUGUACCAACAGAUGAACUCAGUGGUCAGAAGUACAGACAUGGGAAAUGCCAUUGAUUCUCUGUUAGCUGAUGAGUUAUGGAAGUCCAGCAGUAUCAGAACAAUGCUAAACUCUUACAACCAUUUACAUUUUGUGGCUCAAUAUGAUAAGAAAUCCUUGCCUCAUUGGUUGAUUAAGCUGGGAUGUCAAACACAAGAACUUAUGAAGAAUACGUGGUGGAAUGGAUACAGCCGUCAUCCACCUCUUGCAUCUAUGACCAGCAGACAGACUGAGCUUGUCUUAGAUAUUUCUGAACUCAACCAGAAGUGGGACAUGUAUCUUAUGAAUGAACGGGAAACCAAUAAGUUCCUCAACAUCCCUCUGCCAGAUAUUUUUAAAGGAUUAAAGCCAAACCAGAAUACAAAACCAGUGUUGAAUCAAAUGGUUUCUUAUUUAACUGAAGAUUUCCUACCUGCCAGAUGUAUUAUCACUAAACAAAUGGUGAGGACAUUUGAUAAAGUCACAUAUCCCAUACCUUCCAAGUUAAAAAAGUGCAACUUAGUGCUAGCUAUGGACUGUGUGGGCAGGGUGUUUGCCAUCACCAUGGAGACUGCUAACUCUUCCAGUCAAAACAAAGUAAUCAACAUUCUGACAGAGGACAAGAUGAUUGAAGUUGAUGCAGGUGACUUGGAUGUUGGUGUCAAGGUGGAUGGUGAAGUGUUGAAUUUAAGAGAUUAUCAACCCAUCACUUAUCAGGUGGCUGAGUACAACAUCAAUAGAACAGUUCUGAUGAUUGAGAAAAUGGGAUUGAAAAUAAAAGUUGACUUACCGAUGAUUGGAGUUGGACUGGUCGUGGACACAAACCAUGUCAAAAUAUCUAUCUCAGCAUUCUUCAAAGAGCAAAUGUGUGGACUGUGUGGGAACUUUGACACUCAGAUGUCCUUGGAGUAUGAGGGACCUGGCCAUGAGCUUUAUCCCACAGCCAAAUCAUUUGUGCCUUCUUAUGUUCUGCCUGACGCCAACUGCCCAGCCCCGCCCUCUGACUACAGCCCCCAAGUACAGAUUCACAAAUCCAACAAGCACACCAUAGUAGACGAUAAUAAAGAGCCUCCAAAGAUGGGCAAUGCUGAAACUACAUUAAAUGAGUGUAAAUCAACUUAUUUAAACCUUGUGAAAAACAGGAAAUCAUCAAAGCAGACGUGUUUUUCUGAAAAACCAGUUUUGAGAUGUUCUGGAAAAUGUUCAAAGACUAGAAAACUAAUUCCACAGCAGAUAGUGUUCCUCUGUCUACCUUCCAAUGACCCUAACAUAAAACAUUACAAGAUGGAAGCUGCUCAUGGAGUUUUUAACCUACCAAGGAAGGUAACUCCUGCUGACAAGAUAGUGAGAUAUAACUGGGUGCCUGAGGUCUGCAGUCCUGACCUCCCCCUGUCUGUUGUCUACAAUGGUACAGCCAAGUACUUCAAGUAACAUGAGCACAGACAAUGUAUGUUUUAAAGGCUCUGAGCACACACAUCUAUAUAAUUUAUUUGGUGAUGACAUUUUAAAACUAGAUUUUUUGUGUGUAAAUAUACUAAGAUUAUUUAUUUUAAAAAUACUCUUUAAAUAUCACAUUUUCUUAUUA